GCAUACCUAUACAAUGUUGCCCGACCUAACACCUCGGCUCCCCCCUCGGAAGAUGGUCAGAUCAGCGUGACGAGCUGGCCUCGGUCGGUCCACGACCCUUACUACUCCAACGAAGACAUUGGAGUUCUUCAUGCUAUCGUCACCGCUGCCCAGGAGCAAAUCGAAGCGACACCCGAACCGAAACCACUACCGGUCGCCGCAUUGUUCAAAGCCUACGAUGAGAUCCUCCCCCAGUAUGGAAUCGAUCCCGACUCCGACCAGCACCUUUCUGCGCUUGUCUUCCGCAUAGGCGGCGAAGUCAGCGGCGGUACCCUCACCCAAAAGUUUCAGGCCAUCUUGUCCCGUAUGGGCAUUGUCCUGGAGUUCGACGAAAAUACAACAGCUUCCAUCGAGCACUCUCCCUCCCUAGAUCAGAGCGCUUCUCCCUCGACCCGCUCACUAUCUCCCCCUCCACAAUCACUAAAAACCAAUGUAUUUGCGAACAAGAAGCCAGGAUCGAUACCACGGAUACGUGGCCCAGCUACGAAAUCUCCUCAGGGGUCUGAGAAUUGGCCCGGCUUUCAAGAACACGAUGCAGCCCUGUUUCGCUCUAGUCCUGGCCCUCAAAAGAUUCUCGAGUUUGCGCAACGUGCAACUCUUUCAUCAGUCAUGAAUCGAUGGCGCAAUGCUGCUAGACAGGCCCAAAGAGGCCGGAGCAACGCCUCUCUGGCAACACCAACAAGGAGAUCCACCCAAGCGGCGCCAGACCCUAGGCCACAGCUUCCAAGGGAAGAUGAGGCUGAAGAUUUUGCGGAUGUGAAAAGUCACGAUGUCCGGAAUUCCCAGCCCAAGCAUGAAGCAGUAGCCGCUGUCGGUCAGAUUGAUGACAACCAAGGGCCUGUGCCCCGACCUUCCUUGGUAUCUUCUGUGGGCCAGUGGCGCAUCUCGGUACCAAACCAGGAGAUACCCGAUAUACCAAAGGGUAUCCCAAGCCAUGAACAGCCCGAUGACAGCUCGAUGCACCCUCCCGAAGUUCACGAUAGCCCUCCUCGUCCACGUCCAGCUCUCAUUUCCCGCUCGGAAGCCCCCCUUGCACCCAUAGAAAUCGACAAGCAUCGCUCUCCUGAAGCUCCAAAGGCUGCAUCUUCGACUCCAGGAAAUACAACUUCCUCAAUUACACCACAGAGACAACCUUCGCCCGACAACAACAACAACAACAACAACAACAACAACAACAGCAACUCGGCCCAACAAGACGCAUUAAAGGCAAUGGAAGAGCGUCUAAUGAUGCGAGCUACGCGAGCCCGGGAGAUCUAUAUUGCCAGCCAAGUGUUUAACCACUGGGCGGACAAGACGGCCCGUCGGCUGGAGAGGGAAGCAGUCGCGAGGCGACACAUGAUACGCUUUCGCUGCUUUAGGGGCUGGGGAAACAUCCCUAGCACCCGUGCUCCGGUUGUGGACAAUCUAAGGGUAGCCACUGCAGCGCAAAAGCUGAAGCGCGCCGUAGCAGAAAACGAAGCGCAGCUUCGGUUAGUUGCCUCGGCAGCAUCGCAGGCCUAUCACCUCAAGUUGGUGCAGAAGGCGCUCAACAGGUGGACUUGCCAUAUUCUGGAGCAGUUUUCCCAGCAAAAAGCUGCAGAUCAGAAUCGAAGGAAGACUUGGUCAAAAUGGCUAAUGCGUGCUUACGAUGGCGCUGAAGUCAUGUCGACCGUAGAAUUCCAUCGAAGACAAGCCAACGAAACGAAGGUUCUGAUCCGAUGGCUUGCACAAGCUGAAAGAGGUGCCAGUCGUCAGUCCGCAGCAUCGGAAAUUGGUUCCUCCCACCAAUGCUUCAGAUGCCUUGGAAACUGGUGGAAUGAGGCCGAGGCCAAUCGCAAAGCCCAGGCAUAUCAACAGUACUGUCUGAUGCUGCGAGCCGACUAUUAUUUCGAUAUAUGGAAUCUCCAGGCAAGAGCCGAUGCAUUCAAAUGGAGGUGCCAAUAUCAGUCAGUGUCACGCGUGGUUAAUUAUUGGGCUGAGCAGUCGCAAAUACAUAACCAGGCCCAAGCUAAAGCGCAGAGGAUAUUUGAAUACGACACCAAGAUCCGAUCCUUACACUAUUUGGAGCAUCCGGGUCAGAACUUGAUGGACCUUCAAACCCUUGAAGAUCGAGCCUGCCUAUAUAUUCGCUCAACGCGUCUCUUAGCCAUCUUUGACAAGACGAUUACGCGGCGAAAAUCUGAAGAGAAGGAAGCACUCAAACGCUACCUGAUGAUGCGGUACCAGCAGGUCUCCAGGGAAAAAAGAAAGCGGAAUUUCUUCGCUGCCCUUGAUCAUUGGAAAGAAGCUGCAGCUCUAGGUCAACAACUGUCGUCGACAGCAGAGACUUUUAGGGCAGGGCAGGAGUACGCUUGUUUAGCCGCUUCAGCAGAUGCCUGGAGCUCCAAGGCACUUGGUUCACAGAAGAAGCACUACAAAGCGCAGCUCUACCAUGCCCAGUCUUGGUUAGGCGUGUGGAAUGCUGUCUCUGUUGAUAAUGAGGAACGAACUAUAAAUGUGCAGUCUCUAUGGGCGGCCAGAAAGCAUCGCCAAUACCAAAAGGUGUGGUCAAUUUCCACGCUACAGCGAAAUUCCCAGCUCCAUAUGGCAUCAGCUUUAAGUCAGAGGCAUGAUCGAGACAAGUGCAGCAGGGUGUUUCAGAAUUGGAAGCAGCGUUCGAAUAAGGGUAAGAACGUCACUUUUGAGCCGUUUGAGGCCCAGUCAUCUCGUCCGACCCGUUUCGGUUCAUCAAGUAUUCUACGAAACAACUGGAGGGCUUCGUCAGCAAGACGCCCUCCUUUCAGUCGAAGGGAGGAUACCCCUAUACCAGGACCGAUCGACACACCAACUCGCUGGACGGGAAAACUAUUUCCCAUGGGCAGUGUCAUGUCGGCAGGGCCAAUGCCGGCAGUCGAGGAAGCCGAAGAAGACCAAAGGACACCUUUAAGCAUCGUGGGCGGCGAUGCACUCUCGCCCACAAGGUCAAAGGUGGCUCGAGGUCGGCCAACCCUGCCAUCGACUACACCUAGGGCACCCGUCCCGGCUCACUUGGAACGUGUAUUCCGACCACGGCCUUCACAACUUUAUACCUUUUCCCAGGAUAGGUCAGGUACACCAAGAAACCAUCAGCAGAACCAGUCCAGCAGGCCUUUGGCAAGGAACGCAGAAUCUACGGCCCAGUCUGCGGGCAUCGGGCAAGGUAACGAGCACGCCAACACAGUUCGCAAUCUAUCGAGGUCGGUUACUGUCGACAGGACGAGGACAGGUAUAAACUUGCCCGAUCCCUCCUUCACAAGUCCGGACCCUCUCACUUUGAACUGUGGAUUCUGGCGAUGUGCUCAAGUCCUCAAACUCGGUAGUAUGAGCGCCGUCCUGCCGGGCAAGCCGCAAUCCAGGCUCCAGGGUCUGGCGACAGGGUGCUGGGACACCAGGCAUAUCAUUAUAUACAUUACCGGAAAUGCACUCACCAUUCUUAGGGACCCGCGCACCAUUAUCCAAACCAUCUACGACGACGACGAGACAUCUUUAGAGGCCGUUGCCUUUGACGAAAGCACUGGCAAGAUCGCAUGCUGCACAUCGACACAAAUCCGAGUAUACAAACCGUUGGGAUUACAGGAGAGUACUCUCAAGUGGGCGCUCGAACUGGCCUUUAACGUCCCGCAUACAACCCCCGAUACACCAUGCACUCUUUCCUGGGGAAGCUCAGAGGAGCUCCUACUUGGUACAGACUGGCUUUCACUAUAUGCUACUAGAGGUGAAGCUGCCUGCUUGUGGGAGCGGGAGCUUCCGAGUCCCGUCAAGUCGGCUUCGCUAUCUUACGAUUCGGCCUACAUCGUGUCACUUGGCUACCAUGAUCGACUCCCCAAGGUCUGGCGGCGACUCGCAUACGGUGCAGAUGAAGUCCGAUUUGAUAUGGCAUACCUCCGACAUCCCAGCAUCGUCAGCUCCGCUCGGUGGCGCAAGCCAUAUCACGUCGAGCAGGCGGUCGAAAACGUCCUAUACACGCUCUGCACUGACGCCGCUGUUCGCAUUUGGACACCUACAGAGACUCCCGAUGGUCAGCAUUGGCGCCGCUGGGGCCGCGUCGACGUCGGAGCUUCUAUACAUAAUGGCCAAUCCGAAGCGCACGAUGUUCAGCUGGCCUUUAUGAUCGACUCCCGAGACUUUAUACCAUCUGUUGAGAGAGCUGUCCAAGACCGCAUGACGGAUGACUCUGUGGUGGACGAUGUUGCCCUAGAGCAUCUUGUGGCCGUUGCUCGAAAGAAUCCCGAAAUCUGCAUUGCCGUCGACAGUUACGGUUUACUUUCGGCUUGGGCUUUCGAGAAUCUAAGUAGCAGCACGUCCGAUUCACCGGGAAUAUUUCAAAUCGCUCAAAUAAGAUCGCGCCAGCUGGAGUCCUUGAGUGGUUUCCUUUCAUUGAGGAACCUGCCUCAUGUUGAGAUACAAACAUACUGUGACAAGUCCACUGGGCGACUCAACAUUCUCCUACACUCUUUCGAUGGCAGGAUCGGCGUCUUCACAGCCAAUAUUGCCGAUCUCCUCGAUCCUACGACCAAUGACAAGCGUCUAUCCCUGGAAACCAUUUGGUCGGGUCACUCAGCCUCCAUCAAAAAGAUGGUGCGAAACUUUUCAGGGAGGGCCGUUGUCUCGAGAACCAGAGAUGGAGAGAACAUCGUUUGGAACCACACGCGGUCAAAGUCGAACGGAUCCAGCCCAACCCUGUCACGCAGGUGCAUCGUACCCGGAACAAAGAAUGUUCAUCGGAUCUCUGUCAUUCGAAAAGGCCGCUUUGUGGUAUUCCUCCAAGAGGACUCUGUGACAUUAUGGGAUUGUCGGUCCGAAACAGCGACAUCUCUAGGAGAGUGUCCAUAUGAGACCUCAGGAAAACCCCUUUGUCUGAUCCUCCUUCCACGACCAAAUGUGAAAGACUACACCACUGCACAUAUCGCUAUGGUCACGUCCGAAGGGUGCGGUAUCGUGUGGGAGGUCAAGCUACCCCCGUAUUAUGACUAUCCUAUAUCCACCUCGGGAGCGGGCAUCAAGGAAUUCUGCCACCUAGAGCUGAAAGGAGUUGAAGACCUGGCCUAUGUUCUCCCAGUAGACCCUGCCGGUGGUGCCCCAGUUGUCCAUGGACCACUCGAUCUCUUCGCUCGAGACGUAGCAAUUUCAUACACGCACAGCGGCCGCGUUGACUUUUGGACAGUUCGCGUGGAUCUUGAACGACGUCAUGUACAGUGGCUGUCGACGUCAUCCACUGAGACUGGAUUCCCCGACCCAGCAUUAGCCAGUGGCAGUAUGUUGAAAAAGGCGGCGUUGGUCAAUUCGACUAGAUCUCGGCUUACUAUAUGGGACAUCGGGGGCGCGCGUCUUGAAUUCGACGAGGAUUAUGACACACAUAAUGUUAUCCAGGAUCUCGAUUGGACAUCAACACCUGACUCCCAGUCUAUCUUGGCUGUCGGCUUCCAGUACAAAGUGGUACUUCUCUCGCAGAUGCGCUUCGACUACCUCAACAAGGGCCCUGCCUGGGCACCCAUCCGUUCCAUCGAGAUCCGCGAUCUCACGCCGCAUCCGAUUGGAGAUUCCACGUGGCUCAGUGACGGCCAUCUAGUCAUUGGCGCUGGAAACCAAAUGUUUGUUCAUGACCGGAGCGCCGAUGGCACGGAUCAGCUCAUUGCCAAUACCCGCUUACCCCACAACAAGGAUGGCACAUGGGACUUGUUUGAGGCUGUUUCGCGGUUCAAUGGCCCUCUCCCGGUGUUCCAUCCUCAGUUUGUCAGCCAGUGCAUCUUGUCCGGGAAGCACACUCUUGUUCGACGAGUUUUGAUUGCGCUGUACAGGACUCUGAAGUACCACAUUGCAGGAGAGUACCUGGAUGAUUACCUCGGCCUUGAUGUCCAAGAGUUCUACAAUGGGGCGGGGCAAACUAGCCGUGCGCGCGACAGAUCUAACGGAGCAUACUUCAAUGGCAACUUCGACGGCGACGAAGAGGAAGAGACAUUCACUGAGGAGAUUGCUGUUGCAAUAAACGAAAAACUGACCAAGAUCAGUAUCCCGCAGCUCUCUGGCCACGAACAAAUACAGCUUGCUGACAUUAUAGAGUGUGCGGCAUUUGUGGAACGUCAGAGACGGUCAAUGGAUGAGAACGGGGCGCGCUUUAUGCUGUUCGUUAGGCAGAACGCACUCCGCAAGAGGCACAACUCUGAUCUGCAUAUAUCUUGGAGGGAAAUCAACUGGGCUUAUCAUUCCAACAGUCAAGACAUCCUGACGGAUUUCGUAUCCCGCCAGAAUCACGGAAGUAUGCUCUGGGAGCAUGCACGUGAGAGUGGCAUCUUCAUGUGGCUCUCCGAUACCAAUGCAGUGAGGGCACAAUUUGAGAUCAUCGCUCGAAAUGAGUAUACCAAGAGCGAGGACAAGAGCCCGGUAGACUGCAGUCUGUUCUACUUAGCUUUGCGGAAGAAAGCUGUUCUGCAGGGUCUUUGGCGAAUGGCCGCGUGGAACAAAGAGCAGGCUGCCACCCAGAAGCUCUUAGCCAACAACUUCGAUGACCCCAAAUGGACGAAGACAGCCUUGAAAAACGCAUACGCCCUACUAGGCAAGCGGCGAUUUGCAUACGCGGCGGCCUUUUUCCUUCUUGGCAACAAUCUCGAAGGAGCCGUUGAUAUCUGCUUGCAUCAGAUGAAGGACAUGCAGCUCGGUGUUGCCGUUGCGCGUGUGUACGAGGGUGAUGAUGGCCCUGUUCUGCGAAAGGUCCUUCAGGAGACAAUAUUGCCUCAGGCAGCUCAGGAAGGUAAUCGCUGGCUCGCAUCAUGGGUUUUCUGGAUGUUAGGCCGAAAGGAUAUGGCUGUCAGGGCACUUGUCACUCCGGUUUAUACCCUCAUCGAGACGCCAAAUUCUCUUGAUCUCACGUCGCGCCUGUUCCUCACAGAUGACCCAGCCUUGGUCGUUCUAUACUCUCAGCUUCGACAACAAACACUCUCGACGUUGAGGGGUGCAUCCAAGGUGACACCAAAGGCUGAAUGGGAGUUUGUUCUGCAUAGCGCCAAGCUCUAUGACCGCAUGGGCUGUGACCUUCUUGGCCUGGAUUUAGUACGAAAUUGGGAGUUCCAGAAGCCAGCCGCGACAGGCUUCGGAGGCGAGCCAAACCCACUGACGCUUCUGCAACGCAGGAGCUCUCUGGUUGUAGAUGAUAGGCCGGCGGACUUACGCAAGUCCAAUGCAUGGGGUGUGGAGUCGGAGAAGCCAAAGGCCACACCGACUACAUUUGAAGAGCCGGAUGCUGGGUCUUUACUGGAUAGCUUCGGAUUCUAA